CCCCCUCAGCCGGCCGGCCCGGCCCAGCCUCGGCUCCGCGUCCUCGCCCGGCUCUCAGCCGCCCCUUUGCCCUGCAGCAGCCAGCCCGGUGUCCAGCAGCAUGUUCAGCUGGGUCAGCAAGGAUGCCCGCCGCAAGAAGGAGCCGGAGCUCUUCCAAACGGUGUCCGAGGGGCUGCGGCAGCUGUACGCGCAGAAGCUGCUGCCUCUGGAGGAGCACUACCGCUUCCACGAGUUCCACUCGCCCGCGCUGGAGGACGCCGACUUCGACAACAAGCCCAUGGUGCUCCUCGUGGGCCAGUACAGCACGGGCAAGACCACCUUCAUCCGGCACCUGAUUGAGCAGGACUUCCCGGGGAUGCGCAUCGGGCCCGAGCCCACCACCGACUCUUUCAUCGCGGUCAUGCACGGCCCCACCGAGGGCGUGGUGCCCGGCAACGCGCUCGUUGUCGACCCGCGGCGGCCCUUCCGCAAGCUCAACGCCUUCGGCAACGCCUUCCUCAACAGGUUCAUGUGCGCCCAGCUGCCCAACCCGGUCCUGGACAGCAUAAGCAUCAUCGACACGCCGGGGAUCCUGUCUGGAGAGAAGCAGCGCAUCAGCAGAGGGUAUGACUUCGCGGCUGUCCUCGAGUGGUUCGCCGAGCGGGUGGACCGUAUCAUCUUGCUCUUCGACGCCCACAAGCUGGACAUCUCUGACGAGUUCUCGGAGGUCAUCAAGGCCCUCAAGAACCACGAGGACAAGAUCCGCGUGGUGCUGAACAAGGCCGACCAGAUUGAGACGCAGCAGCUGAUGCGGGUCUACGGGGCCCUCAUGUGGUCCCUGGGGAAGAUCAUCAACACCCCCGAGGUGGUCCGGGUGUACAUCGGCUCCUUCUGGUCCCACCCGCUCCUCAUCCCCGACAACCGCAAGCUCUUCGAGGCCGAGGAGCAGGACCUCUUCAAAGACAUCCAAUCUCUGCCCCGAAACGCCGCCCUCAGGAAGCUCAACGACCUAAUCAAGCGGGCGCGGCUGGCCAAGGUCCACGCGUACAUCAUCAGCUCCCUCAAGAAGGAGAUGCCCAAUGUCUUCGGGAAGGAGAGCAAGAAGAAAGAGCUGGUGAACAACCUGGGCGAGAUCUACCAGAAGAUUGAGCGGGAGCAUCAGAUCUCCCCUGGCGACUUCCCCAACCUCCGCAAGAUGCAGGAGCUCCUGCAGACCCAGGACUUCAGCAAAUUCCAAGCCCUGAAGCCCAAGCUGCUGGACACAGUGGACGACAUGCUAGCCAACGACAUCGCCCGGCUAAUGGUGAUGGUGCGCCAGGAGGAGUCCCUGAUGCCCGCCCAGGUCGUGAAGGGCGGUGCCUUCGACGGCACCAUGAAUGGGCCCUUCGGGCACGGCUAUGGCGAGGGGGCCGGUGAGGGCAUCGACGAUGUCGAGUGGGUGGUGGGCAAGGACAAACCCACCUACGACGAGAUCUUCUACACGCUGUCGCCUGUCAACGGCAAGAUCACGGGCGCCAACGCCAAGAAGGAGAUGGUAAAGUCCAAGCUCCCCAACACGGUGCUGGGGAAGAUCUGGAAGCUGGCCGACGUGGACCGGGACGGGCUGCUGGACGACGAGGAGUUCGCCCUGGCCAACCACCUCAUCAAAGUCAAGCUGGAGGGCCACGAGCUGCCCGCCGACCUGCCGCCACACCUGGUCCCGCCCUCCAAGCGGAGGCACGAGUGACACCCUGCCGCCGGACUCCAGCACCCAGUGCCCAGCAAGGCGGAGACUGGGGGAGCCCGCAGUUCCCAGACCAUAAAGGCUGAGCGCUGCUUCCUCAGCUCGCAAAGGAAAAGCACCAUCUUUCUCUUAAGGCUGCUCCUGGGGAGGCAGGGGUGACACUCACAUGUGAAUGAUGGAAUUUUGUGCAUAAGAACUAUGGAUAUUUUUAAUAUAUAACAUUAGAGGCA